GCUCCCUCCGCCACCCCACCCCACCCACAGCCAGCAACCACCGGUCAGUCACUCCACCACAUUUGAAUGUGAGAAAGAGAGGGAAACCAAACCAAGAAGACCCCGGCCGGCGCCGCCACCAUGCCGAGGUCCUCUUCCACCUCCACCGGGCGGCCCAUCCUCGGCAGGGCCAUGGCCAUCCUCACCACGCUCCCGCUCACGCCCAUCUCCAAAGCCAGGGCCGCGCGGACCCUGCUCCUCUUCAAGCGCCGCCGCGCCGCCGCCGCCCGCAGGCUGCGACACUACAGCUACGCGUACGUCGGCGAGUACCAGUUCUCCCCGUCCGGAUCCCCGCUGCUCCUCCCGCGCCCGCCGGGCCUCUCCGCCUGGCGCAGCGCGAAGCAGCACCGAACAAGAGGCGGCAGGGCCAGGGCCGUCCUCGCGUCCCUCUUCUGCUGCGCCGGCGGCGACGCGCUCGACGUCGCCGUGCUCGACGGCCUGCCGCCGCUCCGGCCCGACCCGCCGCGCGCCGCGUACGGCGAGCGCGACGACGAUGAAGUGUACGUGUGCGACGAGGAGGAGGAAGAGUACGGCGAGGACGAGGAGGUGGACAGCCGCGCGGAGCGCUUCAUCGAGCGCUUCUACCAGGAGAUGAGGAUGCAGGAGACGCAGCGCCUCCUCAUCUAGUCUUCACAGCUCGCCUACGCGCGCAGGCCGGAUCCACGGACUCUGCAUUUCGCUUCUCGUCUUGCCGUCUUGGUGCUUGCUCGGUAGUAGAAUUGUCGCUAGCUAUCUUAGCUGCAGUUCGGUUCAAACGUGUGUUCAUCCUUUCCUCCCGCAGCAUUGUUGUUCAGUAAUGCCAUGUUGUGACUAUUGUCUGAAUUUACCCACCUCGUCAAAGUGUUGUUUGAUCGUUACGAGUAAUGUUUUUCGAGUUCAAA